AUGGACCCUUCGCAGGCAGCUUCGAGCAAUGUGACGGUCGAGUACACUGAUCCUUCAGGCUUGUUCCCACUUAUCCAGCCUGUGAUCGAAUCGAAGCUCCCCCUGAAGAAUUUGCACUGGAAAUCGCCAACCCGCCCCGUGCGGUCAAUCGAGUCACUCCGCAUCGGCUUCACACCUGCGCAAGAAUCGACCGAACGAAAGGUAUCGAGCGAUACUGUUCAGAGCACCGUCACCCAUCGCCGACAUCAAAUCCCCGGUCUACGACAGACACCGUACCUCAAAGUUUACCUCCUCCGAUGCGAUGACAACGAUACCUACAAGGCGACGGCCCGACGGAACCUCCGCGAAUGGAUCAAGGCUAAUGCCUCAUCUCAAAGUACACAGUCCGCAACUGCUAGCCAGGAAAAACACGAUGCGUUCGAGUGGUUAAUCCUACAUGUGGUACCGGACGGUGAUGCUGCGGAUAAGGCGCCCAUUUCUACAUCGAAAUGGGGGCGGGGAUCAACUACGGUGCUGGAAAAAGCGAAAGCUGAUUUCAAUGGGUCAUCGAAGACCGCCGUGGAUCGUGUGGCUCAACUGCGUCUUCCGAAGCACGGAACUAAAUCCUCUGAAUUGGCCGCGCAAUUGGAGGAUUUGAUCGACAAGAUGAAGAACGGGAUUCUAGCAUCUUUCGAUUUGCGUGUGGCCCAAUACGAAGAGGAUAUCAAGGAGAAGGACUCCCAGCGCAGUCUUCCUGGCUGGAACUUCUGCACAUUCUUUAUUCUAAAGGAAGGUCUUGCGAGGGGUUUCGAGAAUGUGGGUCUCUUCGAAGAUGGGCUGGCUGGAUAUGACGAGCUAGCCGUUGGCUUGGAUGCGGCCAUUCGAGAUCAGCUUGAUGGGAGUGCCGAUCAGCACAGCGGUGCACUCUCAGUCACUAGUAAAAACUGGGCUGAGUUAGCUAAAAAGGCAUUGGAGGCCGGAGCUUCUGAUGAGAGCGACGGCGAUGAUGCCGAUGUUCCUCUGUUCUCAGAGCUUGAGUCGGAGGAUUUCCCAUUCAAUUCUAACAAAAUGUCCUAUCGGGAAAUGAUCCUGGCAAGCGAUAUCUCCAUCUUCGAUUUCCGCACAUACAUUUUCUCACGUCAAUUGACUCUAUUACUACGAGCUGCGAGAGCUUCGUCACUGGCCGGGACUGAGCCUACGCCCGACGCUAAUACAUCGCAAUCAGGCAAGAAACCCGAAAAUCUCAUGCUGCUAGCUGAGAUUUGUGGCAGGGCGACCGAGUUUAUCAGUUUAGCUGCCCGUACACUCCGUUACGAUCUCGAAUGUGGUCUCGCAGAGGUAACCCAUGCUAGCAAGACAGAUGUUAUCAACAAUCUAGUCUCCACGUGGGCAUUCUCGGCAGCUUUCCAAAUUCUUAGUCAAACCUCUACUCCAGCCUUUAUGCUCCCCGAGUCCUCUCUUCAUGCCGUGGCACAAUCGAGUGAAACCGCUGCUGUUGCGGCGGGAGAAUCGCGAGCUGAUGUACCUCGCCGCACUAGUUCUCUGGUAGGAGCUGUCCGCCCUGGCCGGCCAGUGACACAGGAUAUCUCUGACAGUGUCGGUUUGAUGCAGCGGCGGUCGACUAUGGAUCACCCCAAACCCGUGCCCUUUCCCACACAAAAAACUGGUUCCGAACAGCUAGCAUCCGGCAGAGCGGAGUUGCUUCUUCUCGCACGGCGUUCUCUCGAGGAAGUCGCUCGGAGACGUGGCUGGGCAGAGAAUUGGAAUGAUCUCGGUCUUCUUUUUGAUGAUCGACAUCGUUCUGGGGCGAGCGACAUGUCAGAGAUCUCGUUGGACGGCGAUGAUACCCAGGAGUCACAGACUGAUUGUAAGGCAAAGCAAACAUCGCUUGUGGGCAUCGAGCUUCCUGGCCUCAAGGCCGCAUUAAAGUCAAAGGACGCGUUUCUGUUCCUUUAUGAAGAGCUUUCAGACCGUUUGAUCCGUCAUCAUAUGGCAGCCAAUCGUGUGAACUCUCUUGAACAGGCUUUGGCUGAGAUUGCUAUUCUAAGAUACCGGCGCAAAGACUACGAGUCUGCUGCUUCUUACUUCCACCGAAUGGCUCCUUUUUACGGCACCAAGUACUGGAUCGUUCUGGAAGGAACCAUGUUAGAACUCCACGCUCGGUGCUUGAAGAAGCUCAAUAGGAAUGAGGAUUAUGUCCGGAUGAUGAUACGGUUGCUUUCCAAAUUUGCUACAUAUGCGCAGGCGCAAUUGUCAACCAGGCAGAAGACCGUAGCGGGCUCGAUUCCUUCUACUGAGCAGGAAAUGUUGGAAGGACAUGUCCGCGAUUUGUUCGACGCCUCUGACGCUCUUCAGAAAGAUGUUCCUGCUUCCUUGACGGACUUUUUUGCCGACCUUCGUGUCGAUCCGGCCAUUCGGCUGUACGACAACAAGGAUGGAUUCCAGAUCCAAUUGUCGUUGCGCUUCCUUUUGGGAAAACAGAUUGAGAUAGACAAUCUCAAGCUUCGUCUAGUCGGUGCUAAUAGCUCUCAGAAUUCGGAGCACUGGAUUGAAAGCUCAGCUAAGUUUAUGGUGAAAUCGGCAUCGACACAGAUUCUGAUCGAUUCUUCGGUAAAUACAUAUAAGGGACGCUUUCAGUACUUUUGGCUAACUUGUAUUCAGACCACACUUCAAGGCAAAUAUUUCGUUGACCGUCUCGAAAUGAGGGCCGGAAAUCUUGUCUUCAACUUCAAUGGCGGGCGAGACUCUACGCUUCCAGUAGGUUUCCGGGAAGCCGGAGAAUCAGAGGGAAUUGAUGAACAACCAUACAUUUAUUGCUAUCCUCCGGCCGAAGGCUUACAGGCAAAGAUCGUGUCACCACAUCUUAUUAAUCUCCAAGCCAUGCGGACGUUGGAGCUGGAACUAAACAGUGGGCGAAAUGAUGUCAAGAGCGGUACAAUCCGUGUCCGGCCAGCCACUGCAGGCCUACGGCUUCGUCUUGCAGAGACAGAGGUUGUUGACGGUAAACUCGAGGUUGAUCCCAACCAUGAGUCUGGCGUUAUUGAGUUCGGGAAAUUGGCCCCGAAGUCAUUUGUGCGGUUGCGUAUCCCCUACACUGUAGAAGAGGCGUUUUCGACGCUCUCCGCACGCGCAGAAAUCGGAUAUGAGACCGAUCAAGGUCGAUUCGCUUCCUCGGCAUCAUUCAGUGUUGUGUCUACGCUCCCCAUAUCGGUCAACGUGCAGGACAUUUUCAAAGAUGAAGCCUUGUUCUCGCGUUUUACCAUCAGCCCCGCCAUGCUGAUUCCGCUUCGUAUCACGAACUGCAGUCUUCCCAGCUCAGACACGUACAACGUGCAAUCCAAUAUCACAGGCCCCGUCGCCCUCGAUGUCUUCCCCAAACUGCCUGCGUCUCUUCUCUACAAGAUUCGCCACAACGAAAGCAACACAGCUGCAACAACACCUCACAGCCUACAACUAAGCGUUGAUUUCACCUGUGUAGAUGAUGAGUGUCUCGAUGCGGUCGAGCAGCAAUUUGCCACAGCCAUUAAUUCAAGCCCAUUCCAGCAGUACACAACACUCCUGACAUCGCACAUUGUCAGCAGCUUCCGCGCACAGCUUUCUACUAAUGACAUGGAAGUCAUUGGGCUGAUUCGGGAGGUUACUAUGCUGCCCUACGAAACAGUGCGGUGGGAUGAUCUCCUCGGCGCCCUAAACCCACCAGCCGAGGAUAUGCGACAGUGGCUCAAGGACUGGCACAAGGCCCACUCCACCAUCUACCUCCCCGCACAGCCUACCAUUCCAGCUCGCCGUAUCGUCAUCCCUGUUGAUGUCCCUGAAAUCCAAGUCGUGCACACAGCCGAGCUCCAGCUCCAACCCAAACCCACCAGCGAGCCAGAGCCCCCCACCCACGCCGCUGUCGGUCAGAUGAUCGUGGCUGAACUAUGUCUCCGACACACGCGGCGCUGGUGCUCCCCAUCGACUCGCGAAAGCGCAAACCAACCGCUCGAAUGCUCCUACGAGAUCCACGCAAGCCCAGACAUGUGGCAAAUAGGUGGCCGCCGCCGGGGAAAUUUCCUUGCGCGCGAUGGCGAAUCCACCCGCUUCACUGUCCUGCUGCUUCCCCAAAAGCCGGGCCAUCUCCUUCUCCCGGGUAUUGAGAUCCGCACAUUCCUCCCGUCGGCCCCUCAGCUGCCGACGUCGCCACCUGCCGAUCCUGCUGUUUCCGCGGCACCGUCGCGCCGAUCAAUCCCUUGUGAAGUUGACUACCGUAACCAUAGUGAAACAGUCCUUGUCCUUCCCGAUCUAAGGAAGACUACUGUUACUCUUAGUGCUGCUGGUGGUAAUCAUGCUGCUGGCGGAGGGUCGUGGUUGGUUGAUUCAGAGCGGCGGGCGGAAGUGCGUUGA